CUAUUUACUGAAAGGCUAUGCAUUAGUUUGCUUCUUUCAUUAUUGUGUUUCGCCCUGCAUAAAAUAGAUAGCUUUCCUGAUAACUACAGUCAGUACUCUCCUGCUGCCAUUAGCGGUGACCUAAGAGGCUUAACCAUAAUAUUGCUUUGCAGUGUAAAUGUUUCUUCUUCUGUGCAGAUUGACUGUGAUGUCAUAGCACUGAUGGACGACGCAACUUUGGCAAACUACAUUCCCUUGUAUGGAGACCGAAUUGCCCUCUUCAAUUUCUGCAAAAGCAAGCAACCACUGUCAAAAAGAAAACUAGGACUUCUGCAAAAACUUCGUGAGAAAAUGAAAACCAGAAAAGAAAGUCCAAAGGAGAGCACUUCACAUACAGAUGCAGGAAUAAGACAGACAAAGAAGCAAAAAGCAACACAAAAUGUUGAGAUAGGAUGGAUACAUAGUGAUGGAAAAAUAGCCAAACAGGUGAGAGCGAAGCAGGGAGGUGGCACUAGAAAAAUUCAAAUGGCCACUGAUGCUGGAUUAAAAGAUAUUCUUCAAGAAGGAAAGAAACUUUUUUUUCCUGAUGGCAUAUCUCCUAAGGGAUGUGAAACAGAUUUUGAGUUUGAGGUUUGGGACUUUAAACAGAACCACGUUACUGAUGAUACCUGCCAGUCUAUUGGCAAUAUGUAUGAGGCAGCGAGACUCACAAUGUUACGCUUCUACAUUGCAACAAAACCAAAAGAUCCUGAAGAAGAUGCCAGCGAGACAUCAGAAGUGGUGUUUGUCUCAGAAAGCAGUGGCAGUGAUAUUAAUCCAUUGCAAGUGGGGGAAGUCAGGGGUAAUUUUGAUGAAGUCAUCACUGGUUCAGAAAUUUCAGAUGAUCCAGAAAUAACUUUUGGUCCAAUUUUUGAUGCUGAAGAAGAUACAGAAGACACAUUAGUCUAUGAGGGUUUUCUUGUACCCCUCAGUCCACCUAAUUCAGAGAACGUAAUAACAAUCACCAUACGUCAUACUGACACUUUACAUGACAUGAUUACUGCUUUCUCUGAUGCAGAGAUUUUGAGAAAAACACUGAAUGUGAAGCGCAUACUUCCAGACAACACAGAAGAACCAGGCACUGGAUCAGGAAUACUAAGAGAUGUACUCACAUGCUUCUGGCAUGAAUUUUAUGAGCGAUGCACCCUAGGUGCAACAGUUAAAGUGCCAUUCAUUCGCCAUGAUUUUCCUGCUGAAAAAUGGAAGGCAGUUGGGUGAAUACUCUUGAAAGGUUACCAAGAAUGUCAGUAUUUUCCAAAUAAACUUGCAAUCCCUUUUCUGGAGCAAGUGCUUUUCAAUGGUGUUUACAGUGAUCUUAAAGCACACUUUCUACAGUUUGUCAGCAGCCAAGAAUGUGAUGUUUUGAUGGAAGCAGUAAAAAAUUUCUCUGCAGUUGACUUGGAUGAUCUUGUGGAAGUUCUUGACAGCUAUGGCUGUAGAAAAAGAAUCACUGCUGAGACUCUUCCUACAAUCCUUGAUGAAAUAGCACACAAAGAGCUUGUCCAAAAACCAAUGUUUGUUAUUGACUGCUGGAGGGAGAUCAUCAACCCCCAUAUCUCCCUCAGUCCGGAGGCACUGACCAAGUUAUUCUCUGAACUGCAACCAACGUCAAAAAAAGUGUGCCAGCUCCUGAAAUUUGCUGUGGAUUUGACUCCACAACAAAAAGAAGUGAAAAAUCAUCUCAAAAGAUUCAUCAGAGAGUUGGAUAACAUUAAACUUCAGAAAUUUACGCAUUUCUGCACCGGAUCUGACCUUAUAGUAACAAACAGUAUUUAUGUGGAAUUUCAAGAUAUGACAGAAUUUACAAGAAGACCAGUCGGACACACGUGUGGGAAUGUUCUGCAGCUAGCUAACAGCUAUGAAAACUUCCCAGAUUUCUGUUCUGAAUUUAAUGCAGUUCUUGAAAGUAAUGUCUGGGUGAUGGACAUUGUUUAGACUCUCACAGCAAUGCGCUACAUUUGAACUGCUCAUUCACACUAGAGCAUAACUGUAAAGAGAUGUUAGGAAUAUGUAUUUUUAUGUAUUUUGAACUUAUACAGUAUACUUUUUAUAAUUAGAGAGAAGUUUCCCAUCUCUGUUAGAAGUCCAGUUUUGGCUAAUAUUUCAGUUUCUUUUAUCAUUUUGAGUUUUACAUGAUACAGUCACAAAACAAAAUGAACAGGUACACUGUUUACUACCAUAUCCAGAGCUGUCUUCACCAAAUCCAAGCUUUCCAGCUGUAAUACAGAAACCUUCAGCAAAAGCAUGAAGAAAGAAUACUAAAGAUCUAUAAACUAUAAUUAAACUGCUCUUAAACUUUCUUUAAUGCACCAUGUGUGGUGUGAGAAUUCAGCACAGUCAAAUACUUUUUUAAGUAAUUAGUAGUAAGACUAAUUCAUUCAGAUGGUAUUUUCUUAUUAGGUCAGGGCUAAAACUGAACAUAGUUAUAAUGUAAAAGUAAUGCUGUUAUUUCGUCUUGAUGCAUUCUCAAUCAUCCAGGAAAGUAAAUCUCCAAAAGUUGAAUCUGUUCAUCUGGACGUAGCGUUUUGUGGGAGAAAUGCUGUUAUUCAACACUGUAUUGUAAAAGGAAUACGUACAAUUUUAUACUUUUGCAUUUGUCAUGUCUGAAAAUAUUUUGUUUUACAGUAUAUGCAAUUUUUAGUUCAGGUAGGUUAAGGUAUCAAAGUUUGGCAUUUGUUGUUGAUUACAAAGGUUCUAUUUAAAGUUGGUGAAAAUAUUUUUUAAAAUUCCAGUAUUUUCUUAUUGUCAUAUUGUUUCUAAGCAUACCUGUUAUUCAUCCAUCAAAUUGAUUCAAGCUGCUUAAAGGAUUCAGUCUGUUUUGAAGACGGUUAUUGAUUACUAAGAUCAUAAAUAAACACUACAGUUCAGUGCAGUGGUCAAGUGCUGUGAUUAUUCAGGCAUCCUUUUGUAAUGCCAAAUUGUCAUGUUCUCAGAUAUAGUAUUAAUCUUAACACCUGAAAAAAUGUCUUUUUACUGCCAGAAAUUAUGCAUUUUUAUUUGUAUGCAUGUAUGUUCUCAACCAUUCAUACUUGUUUUUAUGUGAUACCACAAUAGCCAGUGUUCAUGAUCUUUACAGUAAGUCACUGAUGUAUACAGACUGUAUGAGAUCUAUAAGUUUUAAAAGUUGAGUCAUUCUUGUUACAGGGCAGCUUAUACGGUUUUGAGUUUUAGCCAUGUUAUUGGCAUUGGCAAGAUGGUUCAUUUGUGCUGCCAGAUGCUCGUGGAGUGCAGUCAGCUUCUUCAGCCAGU